UCUGAAGGCUUAUUAGCCCGGGGAACCGAGCUCCAGGCGGCCUCACUCUGCAGCUCUGUGCGGCCAGCGGCGGACGGCUGUCCAGGCGAACUUCGCCCAAACUUUCUGGAAACUCAGUGAAGGGAACAGAAACGCUCAGAUAAAGUGUCGCAACCCGCUUCACUCCUGAUUCAAUCAAACUGCAGCUACUCCCAUCUCCCCCCUUUAAUAAUCAGAGCCUGCACUUCUACUUUUUCACGUUUUGAAUGAGCCUCCUCACGUUUGCGUGGAGACUUUCUUUUAUUUUCCGCUGUUGCGCUUUUUAAUUUGCGCUUCAGGUUGAGAUAAAGCUCCUGUCGUGAUGGCUGUGUUAUCACUAGCUGCUCUGCUUGUUGGAUUUGUUUUGACUUCAGCUGACAAGGCUGGUGAAGCAAACCAGGAAGGCCAGCUGCAGAGCCGGCUGAAGGAGUACGGCCUGGUGACGCCCUUCAGCACCGACUCCCACGGUCACUAUCUGUCCCACCUGCUGUCCGCCACGCACAAACAGCGCGUGAGGAGGGACGCGUUUCUCUCCGAGUCCGAGCAGAGACUCUUCUUCAACAUCACGGCCUUCGGGAAGGAGUUCCACCUGCGACUGCGGCCCAACGACCGGCUGGUGGCGCCCGGGGCGAUGGUGGAGUGGCACGACGAGGUUCGGGGGUUUGGGAACGCCACAGCGGGCGCCAACUGGACCGACACGACGGAGAGGAUUCUCCAGCGGGAGCUGCUGAAGACGGACUGCACCUUCAUCGGUGACAUCACCGACGUCCCCGGAGCCACGGUUGCCAUUAACAACUGCGAUGGACUGGCUGGGAUGAUCCGAACCGACUCGGAUGAGUAUUUUAUCGAGCCGCUGGAGAAAGGCACUCAGGAGAUGGAGGACCAGGGCCGGGUCCAUGUGGUGUACCGCCGGUCGGCGCUGCUGCAGCCCCCCUCUGACAACUCACUGGAUUACCAGCUGCAAGAACCAGAGCUGGGUGUCGCCGGGACGCUGGACUCACUGACGCAGCAGGUGAACCAGACGGUCCGCCGCCGCCGCGACGCCGGAGAAAACGACUACAACAUCGAAAUCCUGCUGGGAGUCGACGACUCGGUGGUUCGCUUUCAUGGCAAGGAGCAUGUGCAGAAUUACCUCCUGACUCUGAUGAACAUCGUGAACGAGAUUUACCACGACGAGUCGCUGGGGGUUCACAUCAACGUGGUUCUGGUCAGGAUGAUCAUGCUGGGUUACGCCAAGUCCAUCAGCCUCAUUGAGAGAGGAAACCCAUCACGGAGUCUGGAGAACGUUUGCCGCUGGGCGUUUGUGCAGCAGAAAGGCGACCCUGAUCACGCCGAACAUCACGACCACGCCAUCUUCCUGACGCGCCAGGGCUUCGGCCCCACCGGCAUGCAGGGUUACGCUCCGGUCACAGGGAUGUGCCACCCAGUCCGGAGUUGCACCCUCAACCACGAAGACGGCUUCUCGUCUGCGUUCGUCGUGGCUCAUGAGACCGGACACGUGCUGGGCAUGGAGCACGACGGCCAGGGAAACCGCUGCGGGGACGAGACGGCGAUGGGCAGCGUCAUGGCGCCGCUGGUGCAGGCGGCCUUCCAUCGGUACCACUGGUCCAUGUGCAGCGGACAGGAGCUGAAGAGAUACAUCCACACCUAUGAUUGUUUGCUGGAUGACCCUUUCAAACACGACUGGCCUCAGCUUCCUGAACUCCCCGGCAUCAACUACUCCAUGGAUGAACAAUGCCGAUUCGACUUCGGAGUGGGAUACAAGAUCUGCACCUCGUUUCGGACGUUUGACCCGUGCAAACAGCUUUGGUGCAGUCACCCUGACAACCCUUACUUCUGCAAAACCAAAAAGGGCCCGCCUCUGGACGGGACCGAGUGCGCUCCAGGAAAAUGGUGCUACAAAGGUCACUGCAUGUGGAAGAACCCAAACCAGCUGAAGCAGGACGGCGCCUGGAGCUCCUGGAGUAAAUACGGCUCCUGCUCUCGAUCCUGUGGAACCGGCGUUCGCUUCCGGACGCGCCAGUGCAACAACCCGGCACCCUCGAACGGCGGCCAGGACUGUCCUGGAGUCAACUACGAGUACCAGCUGUGCAACACAAACGAAUGCCCCAAGCACUUUGAAGAUUUCCGAGCUCAGCAGUGCCAGAAUCGCAACUCCAACUUUGAAUUCCAGAAUGCCAAACACCACUGGCUGCCGUAUGAGCAUCCCGACGCUAACAAGCGGUGCCACCUGUACUGCCAGUCAAAGGAGACCGGAGACGUGGCGUACCUGAAGCAGCUGGUGCAUGAUGGGACACGGUGCUCAUACAAGGACGCCUACAGCAUCUGCGUGCGAGGAGAAUGUGUGAAGGUCGGCUGUGACAGAGAGAUCGGCUCCAACAAGGUGGAGGAUAAAUGUGGUGUUUGUGGUGGAGACAACUCCCACUGCCGGACCGUGAAGGGAACCUUCACCCGGACUCCAAAGAAACCAGGUUACCUUAAGAUGUUUCAUGUUCCUCCUGGAGCUAGACACGUGCUGAUCCAGGAACGCGAGGCCGGCCCGCAGAUCCUGGCAAUCAAGAACCAGGCAACAGGACACUACAUCCUCAACGGGAAGGGAGACGAGCUGAAGUCCAGGAGCUUCAUUGACCUGGGAGUGGAGUGGCACUACAUCCUGGAGGGAGACGUGGAGACGCUGCACACCGACGGACCUCUGCACGACCCCGUGGUGGUUCUGAUUAUACCGAAGGACAAUGAGACACGAUCCACGUUAAUGUACAAGUACAUCAUCCACGAGGACUCGGUGCCGGUCAACAACAACAACGUGAUCCAGGAGGAAGCGUACGAGUGGGCUCUGAAGAGCUGGUCGCCGUGCUCAAAGCCCUGCUCUGGAGGGUUUCAGUACACCAAGUACGGCUGUAGGAAGAAGGGAGACACAAAGAUGGUCCACCGCGGAUACUGUGAGGUGAACAAGAAGCCGAAGCCGAUCCGCCGAAUGUGUAACCUUCAGGACUGCACUCAGCCUCAGUGGAUCUCUGAAGACUGGGAGCAUUGUACCAAAACCUGCGGCUCCCUGGGUUUCCAGAUCCGGACGGUUCGCUGCAUACAUUUCCUCCAUGACGACACCAGCCGCUCCAUCCACAGCAAAUACUGCAGCGGGGAGAAGCCGGAGAGCCGGAGACCCUGUAACAGAACCCCGUGUCCGGCCCAGUGGAGGACGGGCGCCUGGUCUCAGUGCUCCGUGACGUGCGGAGAGGGGCUGGAGCGGCGGCUGGUGACCUGCAAGGCCGGAGAUCAGUGCUACGGGGACAAACCUGAGUCGGUGAGGCCGUGCAGACCGGGACCAUGCCAUGGUGAGCAUGUCACAGAUGAGCCGUGCAGCGGAGACAAAUCCAUCUUCUGCCAAAUGGAGGUGUUGGCAAGAUACUGCUCUAUUCCAGGCUACAACAAGCUGUGCUGCGAGUCGUGCAGCAAGCGCACUGGAAGUUUGUCUUUGUUCUCGGAGGCGGCGGAGAUGGAGGAACACCUCCGCUUCGGAUCAGCGUCCCAGCUGCUGGAGACAUUAAUGGCCAACGCCACCGGCGGCGGCAAGCAGAGCUCUGGAAAAAGCAGCGCUGCAAAACGCAUCACAACCCCAGCGCCGCUAAAGAAAGUCCAGCCAAAGAUCUCCAAAGCACCGAGGAGAGUCCCACGAGAUUUAAACCUCUCCCCAUCGCUCCUCAAGGAGCCAGAAGGUCAAAGGUCAGGUGGUUUGAUGGGGAGCCGGUGGCCUACGUCAUACUCUAAAGUUGAGAGAUGAAAGUGAAGCGUGUUCCCUUUAGGACUCCUCAUGGACAGUAGGUUUUCCUGCCUCACCAAAUACACCACAGAGAGUCGGAAGGUGAAAGGAAAAGUGCUGGUUCACUUUGUGUUUAUUGAUAUCAUCGCCCCCUGAAAUGGACUUUAAAUACAACGCUGACAUUCCCAGACAGCUCCCUCAGUCUUUGAGCUGAAAGAGUUCAAAUAAAGGCGCACACGAUCCAAAGGGAAUUUUGUUCAAGUCAAAUUACAAAACGAAACUGAGAACGAGGUCUCUGUCAGUUUGUUAGUCUGAGUCCAACAUGUAGUUUUCCAAAGAAAUUGCUGCUUUAUUCAAAACACAGUAUUGAAUUCUGGAUUUUGGUCAUCUUAAACAAUCAAAACUUCAGUGAGAUGUUUGUUAAAGUUCCCAAAUUUUUGUUCUGAUUGGUUUAUUUUUCAGUUUCUGUCAAAAAUAAUAUGAGGGCCCCUUAACAGGAAAAACCAAGUUCACAUUGUGCAACGUUCAUCCUUAAUAAAACCUGUGGCCUGCUGCCUGCAACAGACAUUUUAAGACUCCAACAACUAAAAACGACUUAUCACAAACAUUAUGAAAUAUCAAAAGAUUUAGAAAUUAUAUCUCAUCUCCUGUUUUUAGUCUGAAUUGUUUUAACACAGAGAUUUGUUUUCUGUUUUUUGUUGUCGUAUGAGUUUAAAACCUACCAUACAGUCUGUUUUCUUUCGUUUUAAUAGUCUCUUAAAUGGAAAUAUAUGUAUUUUUUGAGUUUUGAAAUUGAGCAGUGUGAGCUUAAAGGUUUACAUUAGGUGCUUAAUAGACGAUGAAGAAAAUAGCCGCAGCAGACGGAGCUAAUUAAAUCUCUGAAAGGGAAAAUUUCAAGCUGCAUUUGUGAGGCGAGAAAAAAGAAAAUGUUUUGAACUGUUAAUUUUUAUAUUAGACAUGGUGGCACUGCUCUUCUUGUUUGCUUACUAAGUUGUUUUUUUUCUGGAAUGCCUUAAUUCACAAAGAUGUGAAGUUUUAACAAAAUCUUUAACUGCCAUUUCUCUUGCCAAAAAAACUGAAAUAUUUAGAAACUUGACUUGGUCAAUAAUGAGAAGAAUUUACAUAAUAAAAAAUAAUCAAAACUAACAUAAAAUGCUAAAUGUUAGCCAGCAUUGUUUUGUUUUUUUGAGAUGUGCUGCCUUUUAAUUUCUAUGACAGUAUUUCUACAGUUUUCUGUAAAUAUCGCACCUGAAAAUAUCAGUAUUACCUUGAGAAAUCAAGAAAACUUUGAAAUAUUCCCUUUUCCUAGCUUAGUGUGGCUAGCAAGUUCAAUAUUGGUGCUGUUAAUAUCAGAAGGAAUGAAAAUUAAGUUAAAAUAUUCAGAACGAACAUACAUUCUGAAUAUUUUCUUGUUACAAAUAUGUUUUUUGUAAGUUUAUGUUUUUAUAAACAGUGGCACCCUCGAUUCUAGAGCUAGAGAUGGUUAGCUUAGCUUACCGUAAAGAGCUCUAGCUCUGUCCAAAAAUUAAAUCUAGCAUCUGAAUAAACCGCAUUCCCCAAGUUAUUGCAAACAUCAAAAAAAUUUGACUUUGGUUCCACUGUCAAAAGCUAAUAUACAACAUAUCACUAUUAUUUCAUUUUUCAAAAGCUUCAUGGUACAAAGAUUAGCUUCCUAGAUACGUCUGCAAAAAAACAUGAAAUUUCUGCACAGAAGAGUUUCAUUAUUUCAUGAAUCAUGAACAUUGUUGCUCAGUAAGACUUGAAACGUUAAAGAAGUGAAUCAUACUCACCGGCUAUCGGUCACUCUGCUUGUGCUUGUUUGGACUCUGUUUAGACAUUUUAAAAUCCUCCUAAAACAAACAUAGUUUCACCAAAUUCUCAUGAAUAUUUCUGGGAGAUUUAGCUCCACAUUGACAUGAUCACAUGACUCUUGCUGCAGAUUUAUUGGCUGCAUUGACAUGAAGUCCCUGAUCCACCACACCCCAAAGCUUGGAACCACAGGCUGUUAAGUUACAGUUUUAUGCAGCAUAAAAUUGAGUUUUUUGGUGCUAAAGCAACAACACUUAAUAGGUGCUAUGGAGUCCAAGAUAAUAGACAAUAUCGCCUCACACCAUUAAACCAGCAGCAGACUGAACUGUUGGCAAAACCAAAUCCAGUAUCAUCUGAAUGUCUGAGCUCAAAUCAUGACUUACUUCUAGAAAAUAGCUUUUUAGUUUGUAUUUGUCCAGUUUUGGUGAGCUUGUGCGAUUUUAAACCUGUUUCUGUUUUUAAGCUGAUAAGAGUCAGAUUAUAUUCCAUGUACCUUUGUGGCUAGAAGUGCCUAUUUGAGCUUCGUUCCCUUCUUAUCGUCUUAUCUUCUACCCGUUCUUUUCUGGCAUCAACCAGGCCUUUUUGUCCACAUAGCUGCUACUUAUGGGGUAUUUUCUCUUUUUCUGGCCAUUAUCUGUAAAUCUAAAAGAUGGCUGUGCCUGAAAAUCUGUGCAUGAAUUUUCUGCAGUAUUUCUGCAGUUUCUGAAAUACUUAGACAAUCCAGUCAGACACCAACAACUAUGCCAAGUUCGAAAUCCUUUAAAUCCCCAUUUCAGUUUAAACUUCUGUCUAGAUGUCUUAAUAAAUUGAGUUUCUGCCUUUUCGGUGACUGAUUUGAAAUUCGAGUCACUGAACUGGUGCAGCCAAUCAACUGGCCAGUGACUGUAUGUCUCAUCUGAUUCGAACAAAACGCAAGUCUUUGCGUUCAGAUCGCAAGUCUUUAAGACUAUUUGAAAUAUCCUAAAUGAGGUUUUAAUUCACUUAUCAGAAUAUAUAUUCUUACUAAAUUAACAAACUAGCUUCACCUGUUUUUAAAAUGACAAAACAUUGUUUUGUUCUGUGAAAUGAUCCACCAAGCACCUCUCUUUUUGUUUGUUUUUUUGACCGUUUUAACGAGCCUCUCUUUUUGACAGGAAGUGCUAAAAACUUGGCAGAGACAUAAAUUUUGGAUGUGUUGCUUUCUGACUACAACCAGCUAUUAUUUCCAAAACAUUAUGUAACAGCUCAUAUGAGAGACAAUACAUGAGCUGCCUUGUAUGCAGGCAUAUUAAAGAAGUUCAUGUGAUGUAGGUCUAAAAGUGAUGAAAUGAAGCAUUUUUUUUUGUUUUUUUUGGAACAUCAAGUCCGGUUGCAUCUGUAAUGUGUUGGGAUCAAAGAUGUUUAAUUAUGUUCUCAGCCUUGUUUUCUUCUUGCUUUUGUUUUUUUUUUUUAGUGGCCCAAAUUGGUCAGAUCAUUAUUCACAAGAUUAAUCAGAAAGUAGGUCAUGCCAUCAGUUUCACUCUGUUUCCAGCCUCCAGCAUGCUGAGGUGAGUUAAUCUUCACCACUGGAAACAGCUUUUUGUAACUUGGCUUAUCUGGGGACCAAUUUGUAUGCAUCUUAUACUAUUUAUGUUACAGUGUUAAGUUCAUUGUAAUGUGGUGCCAGCAUUAUUUUUCUGUUUCACCUCAUCUACAUAUUCCAUUAAAAUGAAUGUCAGAUACGCGAUAGAGUAUAAAAUUAAGUUAUUGUUAGAGUUUUCAAAUGUUUUUCUUUUAAACAUUUUAAGGUGCUUGAAGGAUUUUCUAAUUUGCUAAUACUUUGUGAUAAAAUUGAUUAAGGGCAUUGGACUGGUGCUUCAGGAACCAAAGGGCUUUACAGAGGAGAAUGUGCUUUUAUUUUUUUUUUAAAUCCUAUAUAAACAUUUAAUUUAUGUAGGAAAUAAUUUCACUUUUAUUUUCCUCAACUUUUUUCUGUUCAAGUAUUAAUGCCGAGCUGUUAUUGGAUCCGGGAUAUUUCAGCUGUUGAAUAAAUAGAUUUUAUUUUGCUGCGUUUUCGGGAAUUAAAAGUACAAACAUGUGGACCAGAACAAAAAAAACUGUUCAACCUCUAUUAGAAAGAAUUUACUUGAUACCAACUUAGCUCGAAUAAAUAUAUUAACUAAUAUAAUGGAUUUACAAUAAAGACUUACACAUUCCAGUUGAGUUAUUGUUGUAGAGCUUGAAGAAAAAAAGUCUAGAAAUCAAUUCAAAAAGUCUGCGUUCAUGUCUAGGUAGGAUAAAGUUGUGUGUUGAACGUUUAAUUUUUUUACAGGACAAAAGCCAAACUAAGCACAAUAAGCUGGACUUUCAUCAGAAUCCUACUGUGUAUGAAACCUUUUUCCUCCUAGAUUCUUUAAUAAUCGCAUUUUUAUGGCGAACUGAAGUUCUGCAGAGAGAAAGCUAAUUUAUUUCUGAAAAGGAUUUCCUAACUACCACCAUGCAUCUGACUGCAAUAGCCAAAGACACGGUUUUGUGUUUUCAGCAAAUAGUUUUCAGCUUUUCACACUCACUCCUGUGUGCCAAUGUACAGUAAGACAUGUAUAUAGCAUUGAGAGCAUAAAUAUUUAUUGAAAGUCAAAUGGUUCUGCUUUUUUACAGUGAGUGCAGUAAACUGCAGCAGGUACAUCAUGGAAACCGAAUCACCUUCUUUUGUCAUUCAAAUAAAUAAAUGUGAUAGAAUAGAAAUGACUUUUUGCAUUUAGUUGUAAAUAUACAUGCUCAGUUUUGAGUCACUUGUCGGAAGGCUGUUUUUUUUUCUCAGCUGUUUCGUAGAUGUUAAGAAUCGUGACUGUUCAUCACAGCAGCAUGUACUGACUGAUCAGAGUUGAUAAAAAAACUAGUGUUUUAUGCCUUUUGACUUUUUAUUUUUUUUGUUUUACAUUUUCCUCCCCAGUUCCUUUUUAAUUUCGCCUUUAAAAGUUGCUGCUAAUGUUCUAGAGAGCUUGAUAAUAGUGUAGUUGUAGGUGAUAAAUGACAAUCCCUGAGCCGCAGACAGAUGUUCUAGCAUAGGAUUCUCCAUGUACUGUAUCGACGCUGUUGUUUUAUCCAUGCUUUCAAACACCGUUCGCUUCUGCUCUGUUUUGCUUUGUAUUGUUUGUGUAGAUGGAAUUGCACACUACUGAUGCUGUUUGUUGUACUGGGGAGCACAUAGCAAUAAAGGAUUUGAUGAAUUAA